UUGGCAGGAGUUUUCAUUUUUUAGCUAAAAGAAAUUGUUAAUUGUUCCAUAAUCAUAAAAUUUCUUAGAGGUAAAAGGUAAAAUUCUAAUAGCCAAAAUAAAUACAAGAUGCUGGGAUGCGCCUGCACGUGCUUAAAGGUGAUGCUCAAGGCACAGAACAGCUCUGCAGUCGUCCAGAGGAAAGGCAACUGGUCCUGGAAUGGGCUUGGCGUGCGCAACUACAAGGUGACGGUGGUGGGCGCGGGUGGCGGCAUUGGGCAGCCGCUGUCCAUGCUGCUCAAGCAAAAUCCGCUGAUUGAUGAACUCACGCUGCAUGAUGUGGGCGACAUAAAGGGCGUGGCCGCUGAUCUGUCGCACAUCUGCACCUCGACGCAGGUGGACUUUUUCGAUGGUGUCAAACAGCAGGAGCUGAUCGAUUCGCUGCACGAUUCGCAUGUGGUCGUGGUGCCAGCCGGGCUGCCACGCCAGCCGGGCAUGACGCGGGAUCAGCUGGAGGACGCCAACUCCGGCGUGGCAAUGGCUGUGUCCUGUGCCGUGGGCAUGGCUUGCCCCGAGGCGCUGCUGGCCUUCAUCACGAACCCGAUAAACACCAUAGUGCCCAUUGCCGCGGAAUUUCUUAAGGCCAAAGGUGUCUUUGAUCCGAACCGCCUGUUCGGCGUCACAAGCCUGGACGUGGUGCGUGCCAAAACCUUCAUUGCGGACUACAUGAACAUUGAUCCGGCCACGGUUGAAAUUCCGGUCAUCGGCGGCCAUGCAGGCAAAACCAUACUGCCGAUCUUCUCGCAGUGCUCGCCCAAAUUCACCGGCGAGGAUGAGGACGUAAAGCGGCUGACGGAGCGCAUACAGGAGGCCGGCACCGAGGUGCUUAAUGCCAAGGCAGGCAAGGGCUCCGCCACUCUCUCGAUGGCCUAUGCCGCCGCCUACUUCGUCAACGCCUUGCUGCGUGGCCUGAACGACGAGCCGGGUGUAAUCGAAUGCGCCUACGUGGCAUCCGAUGCCACGGAACUGGCAUUCUUGGCCACGCCGCUGGAGCUGGGCCCCAACGGCAUCAAAAAGAAUCUGGGUCUGCCCAGCCUGAAUGCCGACGAGGAGGCGGCCCUCCAAAAGUUGCUGCCCGAGCUGCGUCAGAACAUUGAACGGGGCAUAAGCUACGCAGCAAAGAUAAUCGAUGCCGCCAAGCCUGACCAGGAGCCGAUCAAGGAGCCCGAUUGCAAAGUCGAAGACUCGGCGAAAUAUGCUCAGAGCAACUAGGAAACAAUUUACGCUAAUCUACAAACGACAUCUUGACGCAGUUCCUCAUUCAUUAAAUGUAAAACACACACACACACACACACACACACACACACGCACGCACAUACAUAUACAUAUGUGCAACUAGUCAAACAGUAUGCUGUGUCUGGGGUCGUCGCAGUCAAUUGGUGAAACAUCAUGCUGCCGCUGCUGAUAAGUGAUUGCAUAGGCGCCAACUGAUUACAAUGCUGGCAUCAUCAUCUGGGGGAAUCCGUGCCCGUCGGCCUCCACGAUGCAAUGCCAACCGCUCCAACCGAACCAACCAUUCAUUUAUUCUGCUAUGCGUAUUUUGCGGCAACUGCUCAAAAUAAUUAUUUUGAAUAUCGAUUUGGAAAAUUUUGCUGUAGGAUGCACGCUUUGGUUAAAUGAUUUCAACGUGGGAAUCCCCGCAAUUUAUUGCACAACUCAAUUAAUUCAGUUCAUUUAAAAACUUUUAAUUUAACAUGUUUUUCUUUUUUAAUAAUCAGCGAAAUGGCAAAUUCCCCGAAGAAAAAUGCGUCACAAGACGAACUCAAUCACGUAAUAGAUUCAAAUAAUAAUUUUCCAUGUAAAAUGAUUCGAAUAAAUGUAAUUUCAUUGUUGCAAAGCAAAUGCUUCGGUCACAACACCAA